AUGACAGACACAAAGAACGACAUCACGCAUGUCGAAGACCUCGAAGAAGCCGGCAUCGCUCCACCAAAGGACAAGGUGAUGGGAACCGUCAAGCUGACAGAUGGUUUGAUCGUGUAUAUUCCGACGCCUACCGCGGAUCCGCAGGAUCCAUUGAACAUGCCGCUAUGGCAGAAGUGGAUUGUCCUCGUCGUCAUUUCCAUCUUUUCCACGCUCGGUCUCGCGCUCGUGAGCGGCUUUGGUGGACUGUUAGGCUUCUAUAUACCUGGGUAUGAGGCUGUUGGCAAGGGGUAUGCGGAUAUUACGCAUUUGAUGACAUAUCCGACUCUCUUCAUGGGUAUCGGAAACCUCAUCGGCAUGCCCCUAGCCAUUGGGGUCGGCCGUCGAAUUGUUCUUCUAGGUUCAACCGUCGUUCUCGUCAUCGGUGCAGUUGUCUGCGCGCUGGAACAGAACUAUGAAUGGCAUCUCUGGGCGCGCUGCGUUGUCGGACUUGCAGCCGGGCAAAGCGAGGCGUUAGUUCCUAUGAUCACACAGGAAAUCUUCUUCCUCCACGAACGCAGCAAAGGCCUGAUGGGCCAACAAGCCAUCCAAGUGAGUCUAACCGCCGUCUGGGUCCUCUUCGCCGGCCCAAUCGCGGACAGCAUCACGCCGCAAUGGUGGUACGGCCUCGGCGCUGCGCUUGCCGGCGCCCAGCUGGUUCUCGCCUUCUUCUUCGUCCCCGAGACGAAAUACCAGAGACCCAUUGCCUCGUUCCAGGAGGGCGAGUCGGGGGAUGAGACGGACGCCUCGUCGCAGAUGAAGCGGGAUGCUGGGGUGGCUAUGUGCACUGAGCGUCCACCACUGGAUUUCGAACGGUACGCGCCUCGCACGUGGAAAUCAGAUAUGCGUCUCUGGGUUGGGGAGCCGGAUUGGUGGAAGGUUUGGGAGGUUCUACGGCAAACCUUUGAGCUCCUCCUCUUCCCCAACGUCUUCUGGGCCCUGUGCCUAAACGGCCUCACCAUCGGCGUCAACAUCGCAAUCGGAACAACUUACGCCAACAUCCUGCACGCACCGCCCUACAACUGGCCCAACAAGUCCGCCUCGUACGUCAACUGCGGCCAGAUCGUCGUCGCACUCCUUGCUCUCCCUCUACUCGGCCACGGAUCCGACUACCUCGCCAAGUACUUUGCGAAGCGGAACAAUGGCGUUCACGAGCCCGAGACGCGGAUUAUCAGUCUGAUCUUCCCGAUUAUCGUGGGGACGUUCACGGCGGCGCUGUAUGGUGCGGGAGGCGCGAAUCCUGACAAGUAUCACUGGUUUGUUUUUGCUUGGGCCGUGGCCGCGUAUUAUUUUUGCUUUGUAGGUGCGAAUAUUGUGGCGAUUACAUACCUCUUGGAUUCGUAUCCCGCGCGCGCUGGGCCGUUGCUUGUGAUUAUUUGUGCGUUCCGUGGCAUCAUCUCGUUUGGGACGAGUUAUGGGACGGCGCCGUUUGUCGAGAGUCAUGGAUAUGAUGGGGCAUUUGGGACGUUUGCGGGGCUCACGGCUGCGAUGUGGCUCUGUGGAAUACCCAUUUACGUUUUCGGAAAGCGGAUUCGAGGGGUUACGGGGAGAUUUGCGAAGGACAAGGUUGUCUGAGGGACUCGGGCUUAUGCAAGUGGCUGGAUACUUAGGCUUGAUGGAUGAUAUAUAACGAAAUGUGCGUCGGGACGGAG